AUGGAGUUGGACGACGCUGGAUACGGAUGUAUCAUGGCCGUGCCAGUGGACCAGCGGCUAGGGUCGGCGGCCCAGUGGAGUGUCUGGAUCGAUCACUUUCGAUGUGCCGCACGCACAGUGGGUGUAUGGGAGUACUUGGAUCCCGCUCUAUCAGACAGAGAGAUCAAAACGCUACCUGAGCCUGAGAAAGAGCCUCAUCCGUCUCUUAUAUUUCAGAACGCUCGCGAUGUAGCAGAUCUUACUGAUGAGGAGUACCCAAUCUAUCACCGCCUCUUAACUGAAAAUGAUCGCAGAGAGGCGAAGCAGAAGAUGCUUGCGCGUCAGCUCUCUGGUUUCAGCGAGGUAAUCACACGAUCUGUCGUUGUCGAGCAUCGCCACCUACUAGGAGACGAAUACUCUGCUCGCCAAAAGCUAGUCAAGCUAGCCAUGGCGUUCGCGCUGGAUGAAGUUACUCGAACCGAAGAACUGCGGCGUCAGUGGCGUCAGAUGAUCGAGAGCCGCCACCCUUCUGAUUUAUCUGCCAUUGAGGUAUGGUUGACCGGCUGGAUGUCUCUCUAUGGAAAGGCACUCGCCGCGGGCGUACCGGACGUAUGCUGCCAGCACACGCCUGAGAAAUUCGCUAUACGCGAUUUCUUACGUGCCGUACAGCCACAUGACGAUUUGUUCUAUUCCACCUGGAUGGAUAAGAUUCGCCUAGAAGAUGCCACUUUUGAAGAGGUUAUAUCGAUGUACCGAACGCGUCGGAGAAUUACCGAGCUGUUUGGAAAAGCUACACCGGUAGAAAACACGGUGCCAACACUGUUUGGUUACCCGGCGCCGCCACCUACCCAAGAUACUGCCAAAGGCUCUGAGGAAAACCAACGUACCUGCGUAUGUGGCAGCACCCAACACCAGUGGAAGCAGUGCUAUUAUCUCGUCAAAUCGAUCCGACCAGAUCGCUGGCGACCACGUCCGAACGUGGAGCGGCGGGUAGCCAAAGCGAUCAAGCAGCUGAGCCCGUCCGAUCAAAAGAAGAUCGCGAAGAUCACGAAUGAUAAGGGCGCCGCUCAUAUAGCUAUGCCUAAUACUAAGGAACUAUAG